UAUUUCUCCAUUCUAUACUCAUAUUUCACAUCCACUAACAAAAGCAGAGAAAGCAGAGAUACUCACUUGCUCUGCAUUCUACUCCUUCACCUCAUUAACUCUAACUAAUUGCAAAAAUGGAGCAAUGUAGCCCUUUUGGUUGGAGUUACUACAAUGAAGAAGAGCAGGGAAUGAUGGGUGAGAUGAGGCAAUACAUAUUACAAUCAAGAAUUGAAUUGGAAGCCACAGUAUUAGCUGCUCAAGAAGAAAUUAUGAAAAAAGAAGAGGAAUUAAUCCACAUGAAAGAUCUCUUAAUGAUGACAUUUAAGGAAAGAGAUGAAGCUCAAUCUAAACUUCAGAAAUUAAUGUUGGAAAAGCUGCUCCUCCAACAGCAACUGCAGCAACAGCGACAGCCGCUGUUGCUGCAGCCAGUACUUCAAGAAAGUCAACAACAACAACAACCCCAACAACAACAGCAGCGGCAGCAAAAAGCUGCCGCUGCAGUAUCUUUGUCUAACACUAACACAACAACUAACUGUUUUUCCUCAUCAUCAUCUGAAUGUGAAGAAAGCAGUAUAAUCUCUUCUCCACAAGGUGGGGUUACUAACUCCCCUACCUUGCAACAACUACCAGCAUUGCCACCACAGAUUGCAGCAACAUUAGCAAGCAAUCGCCGCCCAUUGCCGGAGAAAGGCAAGCUCUUGAAGGCGGUGAUGGAAGCCGGGCCACUUCUACAAACACUCCUAUUAGCAGGCCCACUUCCACAAUGGCAACACCCACCACCUAGACUUGACUCCAUUGAAAUUCCACCUGUGACCAUUACUACUUCUAAUUCCCCUAGGAAAAGGGUGUUAGAUAAUUUUGAUUGUUCAAUCAUUUCAUCUCCUAAGUACCAAAGGGUUGUUUAGUAGUUAGUAUUGACUUUACAACUAUUAGUAGUUAGAUAGUAGUACUAUAUAGUGAUGCUUGUCAAAGUUUGAUGUUAGUUUUAGCAAAAAAAAAAUCCAUCCUUUUUUUUUCAUACUAGUUAACAUGUAAAGAGACACUAGUGUUGAAAUGGAUGGUUAGUUGGUUACCCUUUACCUUACCAUCCUAUCAUUUAGUUGGGUUGGUUUAGGUGCUUGUAAAAUAUAGUUUGUCUUAGGAAAAAUUAGGAGAAACAUGUCCUAACUUCUCCCUUGAAAGGGAAAGAAAGGGAGAGAGAGAAAAAAAAAUGAUACAAAAUAUCACCAAAGUCUUAAAACUACCUAUAUUGUAUGGUGGUGAUGACUUUUACCUUCUUUUUUUUAUUUUUAUUUUUUCUGAUUUUGGUACUGUAAUGUAAUGUGCUUGAUUCUCCCAUUCAAAGGAGAUAUGGGAUGGGUCCAACUUGGAUUUAUGAACAAGAUAUGGCUUUUGGCUUUUUUCCUAA